AGAAACUGGGUCACCGCUCGAAAAUCGUUUAUGUCACAGUUGUGUGCGUUGCUAUUACAUGUUACAGCGGCUUUCAAUGGAUAGACAAAUCUCAUCGGACCUACUGUAUAGACAGAUUGCGCCCUCUGCUUAAGGAUUAGAUCAUAUCGGAGUACACUGACCACAUCAAACUGGAUGAAACGAGGUCAGGCUGAAUCAAACCAGACUCAGACCAGAACAGAACGGAGCAGAUCAGACUGAUCUAGACAAUACCAGGUCCGUCCAGGAGACCUGUUCCAGUUUCCUAUCCAGUUGAGGGCUCCAGAGUGGAUGGAAGGAGAUGAUUUUAACACUGAGGCUGUGAUGAACAUCUGUGAUGACCUGAUGGCAGACCAAAGGAUGGACAUCUCGUCUACAAUGACUGACUUCAUGUCCCCCGGCUCCACCGACCUCAUCUCCAGUUCCAUCAGCACACCUGGCAUGGACUACACCCGCAAGAGGAAGGGCAGCACCACCGACUAUCAAAUUGAUGGCUUCUCCUUUGAUGACAUGGACCCAGACAAAGAUAAACUGGGAAGUGACCCACAGGGCCGGAUUAAGAAUGCCAGGGAAGCUCACAGCCAGAUAGAGAAGCGUCGCAGGGACAAGAUGAACAGCUUCAUCGACGAGCUCGCGUCGCUGGUGCCCACCUGCAACGCCAUGUCGCGCAAGCUGGACAAGCUGACGGUGCUGCGCAUGGCUGUCCAGCACAUGAAGACACUCAGAGGUGCAGCCAACCCGUACACAGAGGCCAACUACAAGCCCUCCUUCCUCUCAGAUGACGAACUGAAGCACUUGAUACUAAGGGCUGCUGACGGCUUCCUGUUCGUGGUUGGGUGUGACCGUGGAAAGAUCCUCUUUGUUUCUGAAUCCGUGUACAAGAUUCUCAACUACAGCCAGAACGAUCUGAUAGGUCAGAGCCUGUUUGACUACCUUCACCCCAAGGAUAUUGCCAAGGUCAAAGAGCAGCUCUCCUCUUCAGAUACAGCUCCACGAGAGAGGCUCAUUGACGCUAAAACUGGCCUUCCGGUAAAGACAGACAUCACCCCCGGCCCAUCUAGACUCUGUUCUGGAGCCAGACGGUCGUUCUUCUGCAGGAUGAAGUGCAACAGGCCCUCUGUUAAAGUAGAGGACAAAGACUUUCCCUCCACCUGCUCUAAGAAAAAAGCGGACCGCAAGAGCUUCUGCACCAUCCACAGCACGGGCUACCUGAAGAGCUGGCCGCCCACCAAGAUGGGUCUCGACGAGGACAACGAGCCCGACAACGAGGGCUGCAACCUGAGCUGCCUGGUGGCCAUCGGCCGCCUGCACCCCCACAUCGUCCCCCAGCCCAGCCUGGCAGACAUCAGGGUGAAGCCCACAGAGUACGUCUCCCGGCACGCCAUUGACGGCAAAUUCGUCUUCGUUGACCAGAGAGCCACAGCCAUCCUCGCCUACCUGCCCCAGGAGCUGCUGGGAACCUCCUUCUAUGAGUAUUUCCACCAGGACGACAUCGGCCACCUGGCAGAGUGCCACAGACAAGUGCUGCAGAUGAGAGAGAAGAUCAACACCAAUUGUUACAAAUUCAAGAUCAAAGACGGCUCCUUCAUCACGCUGAGGAGCCGAUGGUUCAGCUUCAUGAACCCCUGGACCAAGGAGGUGGAGUACAUCGUCUCCACGAACACCGUCGUCUCGUGUCCUAUGAUGGAAGGAUCAGACUACCCUCAAUCUGCUGCCUCACCACAGAGCAUGGACAGUGUUCUCACCUCAGAGGGUGGAGGAAGGCGAGCGCUGCAGACGGUGCCCGGCAUCCCCGGUGGCACAAGAGCGGGAGCCGGCAAGAUUGGACGCAUGAUUGCAGAGGAAGUGAUGGAGAUCCAGAGGAUUCGAGGCUCCUCCCCCUCCAGCUGUGGCUCCAGCCCUCUGAACAUCACCAGCACCCCUCCACCCGACACCUGCUCUCCAGGGGGCAAGAAGAUUCAGAAUGGAGGGACACCCGAGCUGCCGAGCACGGGGAUCAUUCCUGGACCUGAUUCUGUAGGCUACCCCUACUCCAACCAGUCCAUCAUGAGUGACAACUCCCACCUGAGCAUAGACAUCAUGGACGACCCCGGUUCCAGCAGCCCCAGCAACGACGAGGCGGCCAUGGCGGUCAUCAUGUCCCUGCUGGAGGCGGACGCCGGCCUGGGCGGCCCCGUCGACUUCAGCGACUUGCCCUGGCCUUUGUGAGGGAGCUGGAAGGGAAGAAGUGGUGGGAGAGAGGGGGACUCCCUCUUAGCCAGAGCCACUGAUGGAGAGAGUUUAUUCAGGUCGAAUUGUGGCUGCCAUGUUCUCUGCCCCUGUGCACAACUACACUGCAAAAAAUGUCUAUCAAAAAAAAUGUUUUUUUUUUUGUUUUUAAUUGAAAAGGCUGUAGUAAAAAGAUUUUUUUUCUGAAAAGUACUACACGCAAGAGGAGGUGAGGCUCUCUCUGCUGUUUGGAUUACACUCCAAUGAAAUUCAGGACAGGUGACCCUGAGUUUCAGUGGGGCAAACAGGAUUAAAAUCCUCCUCCAAACGAUGUGUUAAGAUGAUUCUUUUUGCAGUGUCAGUUGCCUGCAGGCGUGAGGCGCUCCCUAACAUUGCCACAGCCAGAGACCAUUACUUUAACAAUAGUCCAGGAAAUGGACUGUCACGUUACAGGAUUGCGGUGCUAAUGUGUCUGCUGAUGGACUGAACUCUGUCUAACAGUGGCUCUGGGCCUCUGCCAUUGCCAGGUCUACAGCCAACCCCAAACCAACACAGGACUCCUGAGACGUUCACAGACAGUGGUUCAAGUUUGACGUGGGGCGGACUGGCGUUGGGUGGGGAGGGCUUGAUUUCCGCCUCCCGUCGCAGCCCUCAUCGUCGCUAACUGUGCGUUCAAGUCUGCCUGUAGGAUGUUGAUUGGCUGUUUUAGCCAGCUGAUUUCCAACAUGGGAAGCAAACUCUUGGGAGGUUCUUAGAGGUUCUUUAUGCCCAAGCCACAAAAUUCCACAAGCAGGUGUAUUUCAGUUCAUUGGAAUAAUGACAAAAGCCACCAAGCUGCUGUUUCCUUAACAAACGUGAACGUAAACACGUUUUUCUCCAAGCUACUGUAAAGCUCAUCCUCACUAAAUUCUAUUUUCCCUGAGGAGUCGAGCGGAUUCUUUAUUUUUCCCAAGUUUAAAACAGUUUUAAACAUUAAUUUCUGCCUGAAACUACCUGCAGCGCUUGCAUCAGAAGUACGCUGGUAUGAUAAAUGAGCCAAAAUGCGAUUCGACCCAAACACCCAGAGAGAGCAUCAGCGCUGGCGGCAGCACGAUACACCACCAGCCGAGGAGGAGGAGGAAGACAUGUUACAUGAGCUUGUAGUUCCAUGUUGGGCCCAUGGAGCAAGUGAGUACAUGCGCUACACAUGGGUGGCAUGAAAAUAGCGGACUGAUUCGGCUCUUGAAGACUUUCCGAUUUGUAUUGAGCCACGCGGCUCAAAUUUUGAUAAUACAGAGCAUCAUGUUGGAAUGUUUCUCACUCUCAGACAUGUAUUCAUGUUUAACAACCAAUGCUUUUAUGUUAAAGUGUCUUGGGCCAGUUUUGUCAUGUGACCUACAAUUCCGACUGCGACCACUACGUGCAGAUCACCUCACAGCCCGGUGCUGUUCCUGCAGAGGGGGGGCGAGCUGCGUCCCAGUCCUGCGCUCCAUACUAAUUCUACGCAGGCUUUCAGUGUGUAGUGUGUUCACAUUGGAAAAUUUCUCAGAUAGACCAGCGACCUGUCCAGGGUGCACCCCGUCUCACCCGGUGCAUGCUGGGAUACGCUGCAGGCCCAGCAGAUGGAUGGACUUCACGGUUCACACUCUGGUUGAUGAUCAUGACGCACCAUGUGUUCAAAGCUGACAGCGAGUGUGCUCCGCUCCACUGAGGCAGUACAACAGGCCCCUACGCACACAAUUAGGCUGAAUAUAAUAUGGACCCACUUCUGUAAUGAGAAACCAUCUGGACCUGUGAAGACCUGGACUGCUUUGUUCUGUAGCGGGCGUUCUCCUGCGCAUUUUAGCUGCAAAAUCCCUGCAAAUCCUCAGAGCGUCGAGAGCGAGCGCUCGGCGGGAGGAGAACAGCUGGAGUGAAGCUCUGACGACUGCAACAACACAGAAUCAGAUAUUAAUGGAGAAAAGGAGGUCGGUCGGAUGCGCUCAGUGUGCAGGUGUGUGUUCGAGGCCGUGACAGUGCACUCGAUGUCUCUGCAGACAUUUUCCCGUCUCAAAGAGAACAAUUCAGCUGCAGCUCGGGACAAUUCAAGUGCUCCUCCACGAGGGAACGUUCUACACUGCCAUUAUACUGAGGUCUGCUCCUCACACACGGCUUUCUACAGGUAAACGCAUGCUGGAAGGCUGAUUAGCAUCAAGCCGCUAACAUAAAAACCUGGUGGUCUGGGUCACAGGGUCUCCACCCGCUCAUCCUCCCUCGACACUAGUACCCAUAUGAAGCACUUAAGAUGGAGUUAGACCGUCGGUCACUAAACUCAACGAUAGGGCUGGCUCUGGAUCAGUACUCUGAUUCAGAGCAGGUCUUUGUGAACGCAUUUCUUUGCCUUUUUGAUCUGAAUAUUUAAAAACAGACCUAACAUGUCUGUCGUCAGUACCUGGGCCUGAAUUUAGAGCAGCCUUCCUCUAACUUGUUUUGCUGGAGUUCGGAGAAGUCGAAGAAAAAAAAUACCUCUGAGUUAAAUUCUGCUGCACAGAUGACAGAUUUAUAGUGGGUGGAUUUAAAAAAAGAAAAACAUCCUGCAGUUGCUCAUGAAUUUGGUCUGUUUAGCACUUGGUAAUACACAGAUGUACUGUGGCCACACAUAACUCUCAAUGCAGACUACCUUAUCAGCAGGGAGGGCUGCAACGUAGAAAGGGGGCGACUAUAGAAACAGGUAAAUGUGGUAGAGACGGAGGCGGCGGUGAUCCAGCAGAGUAGGACUUGGUAACGGGGACAGGACAUUCUCCGGUUGGUCCCCGCGACAAUAAACAGGGUCAGGAGGGACGGCCAGAAGCGUCUGAAUGGGAUUCUUCAUUUCAGUGUCCGUUUUUCCUCCAUGAUGAUGAAUAUCCUCAACACGACCUCGUCACCUCGCCAGCUCUCUGCUGCUCACAGACCUUUGGUUGUCCGAGUGUGAUUCGAGGGGGACGCUCUGAGACGGGUGUCAACACUCCUGCUGCCUGCCUCUGUGGAAAGAAAUUCAGUUUGGCCACAGUUCUUUUUAAGAUGCGUUUGAAAUUAAAAAUUCAACUAAGGCCAAGAUGUAUGUCUCAGAAAAGCGUUUGAGGAAAGACCCCAACCUGAGACGCUUUGCUGAAUAUAUUUGAAAGGGUUAUAUAUAGUCUCAAAUACAUAGAAAAUACACAGGGUUAGAAAGGAAAUUAAUUAACAUGCAUUUGCAUUUUGGAAACAAAAGCAUAAGAUGAUGUGAAAUGCACUGAAAGUGCAUUGUUGAGACAUUUAACAGCAUAGUAAAAUGAAGUGGCCAGCUUUGACAUGCUCGUAUGCAUUUUGCAGUGCUAUUUGAAGUAGGCGCUGCAUUGUGUGUCUGCCCCUUGUUUGUGCCUCUCAUGUGUUAUCAUUACAUCCAACCAGAUGAGCACAAGUUUUUCUGAAAGCCAGCAUUCCAGCUCAGAAAGUCAGUCUUCAAAGACUCUUCUAACCAUCUGGAUGAAUACAUUUACAAAAAAGAGAAACUCAACUAACUCGCUCUUUAACUCAAACUCUGAUGAAGUCCUAGCUUGUGGUCCUUAUUGUGCGAAAAAGCGAGGAGUUUUAUAUAAAAACAAUAUUUUGUGCCAAAGUUUGAACAGUUUUGGUUAUUUCACACAUGAGAUUUCCAGUUUUGUUCUCUCUGAGUGGAAGUGGGCAGAGCUUGGGUGGAGAAAGGUGGGGGUCAUGUACUCCCAUGCACCAGUCAGGGUUUGGCAACAUUUGAUCCAGAGUCUGUUUUGUUAAAUUAGAUCUGAUUAAGACCAAAGUAAGCUGAUUGACUGAGCCUCUGGGUGUUUAAUUCCAUAGAACAUUUUUUUCAGGGGUUUGAAACAGACAAACAGAGCUGAUCCUGAUGUCAGAGGAGUCUUUGGGGAUUCUUGAUCAGUGAUUUUGUGGGUUUUUGUCAAAGGUCGACAGGGAUUCAUGUGUCAGAAAAACAGAUGCUUGGCUGUGUGACUUGAGUCCAAUGUUAAUUCAUGAGAGGCACACCUGGGCAAGCAGGCUUUCUUUCCAUGUGGGCAGAGAGUUUUUCAUCUCUUGACAUGGCAUCAACCAGUCGUGGCUGAACAUUUGGCAGCCCGCAAAGUGAGCCUAUCCAAUCUGGGAUGCAAAAUGGUGCAAGUCAUAGAGCUGCAGCAGUUCCUGUGUCGCCCAUCUGUGUAAAUCCCUCGGUCAGUGUACAGUUGGGUUGAGGCCGGACUCCGUGCAGGACGAUAAAAUACCUGCAGAGCUCGGGCUCCACCCCUGUCCUCCUGUCCUCCUCCAAUCACCGAGAAGCUGGUGAGGUCCCCUCUGUAUCUGUUCUAGUGGUUUUCUGUUUCAAUGUUUUACGCUACACACUACAAUAAAGUGUCCCCCAUGUUGAUAUACCCCUCCCACCUGACAAUAAUGUAUCAAAUCUUUAAAUAUUAUCAUGUUAAGAGUAUACUUUAUGCAAAUAUAUAUGAGUAUGAUGAGUGUAUUGUAUGUAUCAGCAGUGAAAUAUUUUUAAAAUAAAAUUAUUUGUUUCUGU